AUGAACGCCGCUGUGACAAACAUGGCCGUGAUGUUCGGCGCCAUGCAGCUAUCGAAGCGGAUUCCAUUUGAUGACAAGCCGGAAUACGUGAGGUACGCCCAGAUGGCCUAUCUGGCAUCGCAGCUCUUGUGUCUGGCGGUGUUCUAUUUCUGCAGUCUUCAGAUCAAGAGAAAGAAUGAUUUGACUGUGCUCAAGUAUGUGAAUGCCAAAAACCCCAUGGUACGUUCGACAUUUGGUUUCAGUCACGCGCUUGCUGACAUGUUUGUGUGUGUGUGA